AUGGCAACAGGGCGAGAUUGGUUUCUGCUUCGGUUCUUUGAAUCACAUCGGGGUUACGAUUAUAUGCCUGCAAUGAUCGAUUCCAUGCCACUGGAAUAUCAUCAGGAAAUUGGCAACUUUGAUAACGAAGUUCACUUCGACAUGCUCUGGAACAAAACCUGGGAACAACAACACUGGCAAUAUGACAAUUGGUUCGCAGCACAAAAUUUAGACUUGGAACAAAUUCGCCAAGGGCAUGGUUUUGUUGCUUUUUCAGAACUCUGUGAGGUUAUUCAUCUCGCAGUUAAAGAUACCCAGCAACAAAAUUUAGGCUUAUUGCUGGGCAGUAGUGAAGGUCAGAUUUCAAUUGGUAUUUUGGGCUUUGCCAUGCAAGCCUGUAAAACGGUGGCUGAAGCAUUGGAGACCGCACUGCACUAUCAUCCCAUUUCAGGCAGUGUCUUAGAUUUAACCGUCAAUCUUAGCGUGCAGCCUACAUUUAUCCAAAUCAAGAUGCGAUUGUACAUGGUGCUCGUCAUAUCUCUUGGCGUGACACCUAUACCCGUUGUCGUCAAUUUGCCCAUCAAUUACAAAAUCUGGGGAUUCAAAAAAACGAUACCGUUUCUGUUCUUUUACCCAAUAUCCCUGCGAUGGUCGAAGCGCAUUUUGCAGUCCCUAUGGCUGCAUGCUGAAACCAAAGUUCUUUUGGUUGACCCUGAGUUUGCGGCUUUGGCUAAAGAAGCGGUAGCGCUUAUUGCUCAACAGAUCUAUAUCAUUGAUGUUGCAGAUGAGGAAUACGAAAACAAUGAUGCUACAGCACGUAUUGGUCAAAUUGAAUAUGAGGAUUGGCUGAAAAGUGGUGAUGCAGAUUUUGAGUGGCAUUUACCUCAGGAUGAAUGGGAUGCGAUUAGUCUAAAUUAUACCUCUGGCACUACAGGCAAUCCGAAAGGUGUGGUUUAUCACCAUCGUGGUGCUUAUAUCAAUGCAGCCAGUAAUAUCAUCGCCUGUGCCAAUGGCGGUACCAAUAUCUGCUUACGUAAAAUUGAUCCUGAGUUGGUUUAUCAACUUAUUGAUCAAUACAAAGUUGACUAUUUCUGUGGUGCACCGAUUGUCUUAUCGAUGUUGAUCAACACCCCGAAAGAACAACAAAUUAAAUUUGAACAUCAUGUAGAAGUAAUGGUGGCUGGUGCUGCACCGCCUGCAGCAAUUAUUGAAGGAAUGCAUCAUAUUGGUUGGAGUGACCUGUCUAUUCAAGAGCAAGCACAAUUACACUCGCGCCAAGGUGUACCUUAUCCAUUACAAGAUGGUAUGCGUGUGUUGGAUGCUGAAACGAUGCAACCUGUGCCUAAUGAUGGCAAGACCAUGGGAGAAAUUAUGUUCCGUGGCAACAUUGUCAUGAAAGGUUAUUUAAAAAAUACCAAAGCCACAGAAGAAGCCUUUAAAGGUGGCUGGUUUCAUACUGGUGAUUUAGCGUGGUUGCGCAACCCGAUCCACGUUGGCAAGAAGUUCCUUGUGCCUUUAUAG